AUGAAUGCAACAGAAGUUUGGUCAAGUGAAUGUGGUUCUUACCACAAUUAUCCGUGCUCUUUCGGUGAACGUGGUCCUUGCCACAAUUAUCUUUGCUAUUUUGGUGCUAUUUGCGUAGUGAAAGGUGGCUAUGCAAUUUGCGAAUGCCCAGAUUGCAAUGAAGAAUAUGAACCCGUCUGUGGAACUGAUGGAGUAUCUUAUACAAAUGUGUGCAAACUAAAGCAAGCAGGAUGUGCUCAAAAAUCAAUCAUUGAUGUAGCAUAUACGGGACUUUGCAAUGGAUGUGAAAGCAAGAAGUGCGAGUUUUAUGCGAUUUGUGAAAUCAACGGGAACAAUGAAGCCAGAUGUGUUUGUCCACACUCCUGCGUGAAGGUAAUCAUUAGAAGAUUUUCGUUUAAAUGUUUUUGUAUCCAGAAUAAAAUUUCUCAGAUUGAGUCCUCUGUCUGCGGUACAGAUGGCAUGACGUAUUUAAAUGAGUGUGAAAUGAGAGUAUCAGCUUGCAACAAGAGACAAUAUGUUGUGGUAGGAUCAAAAGGACCUUGCGAUUUGUGCCAAAAUGUUCAUUGUAAGUACGGAGCUCGAUGUGAGAACGGACAUUGUGUUUGUCCAGUAAACUGCCCAGACACUUACGAAGCAGUUUGUGCUAGCAAUGGUCUAUCUUAUCCUAAUGAAUGCAAAAUGAGAAGAGCAGCCUGCAUCAGCAACAGAAACCUAAAAGCAAUGUUUUAUGGAGAAUGCGAAGAUAUUAGCAGCUCUGGUCAAGAUAUGAGCACAAGCACCAAAGGAUGUGUGGAAAAGAAUUGCCAAUUUGGGGCGACUUGCCAAUUGGACACAAAAGGGUUACCUCAAUGCGUAUGCAACCUCAAUUGUCCUCCAAUUAGAAAACCUAUAUGUGGUUCAGACAACGUUAUCCAUGACAAUGAUUGCGCAUUGAAAGAAGAAUCUUGUCGUCAGCAAACUCAGAUUUAUAUUUUGCCCAUGUCAUUGUGUGAAGAAUAUAAAGAAGUACCCUGUGAUGGUGAACGGCCAUUAGUUAAUCCUGUUACUGGUAGAGAAUAUAGUUGCAGAACAGAGGAUGCUUUUAACUACUGUCCACCAAGUAGCUACUGCCACAGAACCACAUCAUUUGCGAAAUGCUGUAGAGAAGUUGUUACAAUUAAAACGUGUAUUGAUACACCUCAUGGCUGUUGUCCAGACGGUAAAACAGCCGCACCUGGCUCAAACAAUGCAGGAUGUCCAAGUGAUUGCAACUGUAAUAAACUAGGUUCCUACGGAUUAAUAUGCGAUCCUGAGAGCAAACAGUGUUCUUGCAAACCAGGUGUUGGAGGAAUGCGAUGUGACAGAUGCGAACCAGGGUACUGGGGACUUCACAUGGCCACUGAAGGAAAUAGUGGAUGUUCUUCUUGUAACUGCAAUCAACAUGGAUCUGUUAGAGAUGACUGUGAACAAAUGACCGGAAGAUGUGUCUGUAAGCAAGGAAUUAUGGGUAUGAAAUGUGAUAUAUGUCCUGCGGGUACUGCUUUGGGCAGCGAUGGAUGCACGGAUGUGUCCACAUCAAAACCAAUGUCAGGUUCUUGCUCUGAUGUCUCCUGCAUUAAUGGCGCAACGUGUGAAGAAAAGAACGGAAUUGCUCAAUGUCUGUGCAACAUCACUUGCCCUACACCUGAAAAGAAAGAUGCAGUGUGUGGAUCAGACGGCAGCACAUACGCAUCAAAAUGUCAACUUAACGAGUUCAGUUGCAAGUACCAAAAACAGAUCACAGUUGCUUUCGAAGGUGCUUGUAAGAGGGGCCAGUUGCCUCAUUCAUCCCCAACGAAUAGUCCUGUGCGAAGAUCAACAGCAUUACGAACAGCAGCAGAUUAUUCUGAAACGAAGACGAUUCGGGACAUAACUCUUGGAUUGUCCAAUAUGGAACAAGCUCCUGCCAAACCUACACUGGCCACACCGAUUCCUCUAAAAAAUUUUGUCGAAAUUCCAUCAUUCUUUGGACGUUCGUAUUUGGAGCUUCCAAGACUACAAGCAUACACUCGACUUUCUUUGGAAUUGGAAUUUCGAACAUUUUCUAAAGAUGGUAUUUUGCUGUAUAAUGGCCAAACAGCCACUGGCAUUGGAGAUUUCGUUUCCUUGUCGAUUAAAGAUGCUUUUGUAGAAUUCAGGUAUAAUUUAGGAAAUGGUGCAGUGGUUCUUAGGUCACCCCAAAAACUGCAUCUCGGUAAAUUCCAUCGUUUAAUCGCCAAAAGAUAUUUACGAGAGGGAAUGCUCGCACUAGAAGGACAGCAAGAUGUUGCUGGUAAAAGUCAAGGUUCUUUAAAGUCCUUAGAUCUUGGAGAAAACCUCUUUUUAGGUUAUAUACCAACAGAAAGAAAAGAGAUUUUUGAUAACAUCGCAGUUCAUAAUGGAAUGGUAGGUUGUAUUCGACGCCUAAAAAUAGGAAAAAAAGAAGUGGACCUUCGAUAUCCUCAUUCCAAAGAUAUAAUAAAAGGACACGGAAUACAUGAAUGUGGAACAAUAUCUUGCAUAGAUCAACCAUGCAAGAAUGAUGCAAUAUGUGUGCCAAUCAGUGACACAGACUUCGAGUGUCUUUGCCUCCCUGGAUAUAGCGGUAGCACAUGCGAGAUCCUUCCAAGUGAGUGCAUAAAUGGUAAUGGCCCAUGUUCUGAUGGGUCAAACUGUGUUAUUCAUGAAGAACAUGGAUUUGUAUGUAAGUGCCCUUUUGGACGGUACGGAGAUCUAUGUGAAAAAACAACUCAAGAUUCCGGGGAUAUUUUUGUGCCUGAUUUUAAAGUUGACUCUUACAUGGAAUUCCCCACUCUCGCAAAUGUCCGCCAAGCAUUCAACAUCGAAGUUUGGUUUCUAACUCGAUCGCUUCAUGGAACUAUUCUGUAUAAUGGACAGCAUUCAUCUGGGAAAGGAGACUUUAUAUCUAUUGUUAUUUCAGAAGGAUAUGUUCUUUUUCGAUUUGAUUUGGGAAGCUCAGUACAAUCAGUUUCAAGUAAAGAACCUGUUUCUUUGAAUGAAUGGCAUUCAGUGAAAAUUAACCGUUUAUGGAAAAAUGGUUCUUUACAAGUGGAUGGUGGAGAUGUAUUGUUUGCGGAAUCAAGUGCAUCUCUAACAGAAUUGAAUUUAGAGAGCAAUUUGUUUGUUGGCGGUGUGCCCAAUCUGCAGACAGUGAAUCAUGACUCUGCAGUAAAAGUUGGUCUUGAUGGAGCAAUUCAGAGGAUUACAGUAAAUGGAGACAUAUGGGACAAGCUGAUGUCCCGUGCCUUGUGGUCCCACCGAGUCCAUCGUUACACGGGAGCACCCUGUGAUAAUUCGUCCCAGUGCCUUAACGAUGGUAUUUGUGUCCCCACUUUGAAUGUGCCUGUGUGUAAAUGCCCUAUACAUUUUUGGGGACAGCGCUGUGAAAAAGAAAUUUCUAAAGAAGAUUUAGAGCGGCCUGUUGCGUUUGAUGGUCAUAAAUUUUUAAGUUUCUCUAAUAAAAUUGUAACUGAAAUGGAAGGUCAACGAGAAACAAACAUAGAAAUAACUUUCCGAACGGGACAUGAGAGUGGUCUUUUAAUUUGGACUAAUAAAGGAGCGACCAUCCGAGGGGACUACCUUGCUUUAGCUAUAUCAAAGGGUCAUCUUCAGUUGAGUUUUAAUCUUGGGAAGCAAACACAACCCUUCACCAUAACAAGUACUCACAGAAUCGACGAUUUAGAAUGGCAUACAGCCCUGAUCGAAAGAAAUAUGAGACGUGGUACAAUGACGAUUGACGAUAAUGCACCCAUCAGCAACACUUCAGAACCUGGAGCCACAGAACUCAACACCGAUGGCGCAUAUUGGAUAGGUGGAUGUUCCAGCCUUCCUAUUGGACUGCCUGAGGAUUAUUACAAAGGAUUCAACGGAUGUAUAGAUUCCAUAAUCUUAGACGGAGAUCCGCUACAUUUGAUGACACAUGGAACUGGAGAUGUUACAUUUUGUGAUGAAUUUUGAUCACUACCUAUUAAGAGUGCCUUAAUGCUUAGGUUGGUCUUUAGGGACCAGCUGAUACAUAUCAAAAUCUCUUUAUGAUGAAUCAUACAUGUCAACUGUGAUGUACCCUAAGCGGAGGAUCAGGAUUGAAAAAGUGUACUUACCAAAAAUGAAUGUGUUCAUAAAAUGAGGUUUAAAUGAACGAAAUCAACAGUUGGUGAUCGUCUUGAUAACGCGUCUUCCAUAGCGAGUGAAAUUGCAGCACAUCAUUUAAAACUGUCGCAAAGAUUAUUGUGUAAAAGAUAAGCUGCCUAAAGACAUUCAGGGACGUUUAUAUUAAGUUCAUGACCUUUAUUUGACUACAGAUACAAUGGAGUGAAAAAACUUACAACGCCUGGUAUUUCUACUAUAAGAACUGUUUCUGAAAUUUAUAUCUAUGUAUUUGUAUAUAUUAAUUAAAAAAAUUUAAAUAAAUAAG